AUGUGCCAUGAACAUUUACACAUCAGCAGUGAGAGUUUGCGACUGACACCUGAUCCAUGUUCCUUUCAUGCAGCCAAAGUAAAUGUUCCCAUCACGAUGGAAAACCUUGGAUGGAUUCGACAAUAUCCGUAUUAUCAUGAGAAAAAUUUGAACAACACUGACGAAGUGGAUGCUGUCAUUGAUGAACUGAAGUAUUAUAAGGAAAAUGGAGGGUCUGCUAUGGUGGACAAUACAGUAACAGGUUUAGAACCCAAUGUGCCCUUGCUAAAGAAGCUGUCUGAAGAAACAGGAGUUCAUAUCAUCUCUGGUACAGGCUUCUACGUUGAUGCAACACAUUCAGAUGAAACUCGAGAGAGCAGCGUGGAACAGCUGGCAUCCAAAAUGCAAGAUGAUAUCCUUAUUGGCGUAGAUGGAUCUGGUGUGAAAUGUGGAGUCAUUGGAGAGUUGGGAUGCAGUUGGCCUCUUACAGAGAGUGAAAAAAAGGUUUUACAAGCUGCAGCCAUUGUUCAGAAGAACACUGGUUGUCCAAUUAUUAUCCAUCCAGGAAGAAGUCCAGCUGCACCUGAAGAAAUCUUAAGAAUCAUACAAGAAUCUGGUGCCAAAGCAGAUCAGAUUGUAAUUUCCCAUCUGGACCGAACUCUAUUAGACAAGGAAUCCCUUUUAGAAUUUGCUGCUUUGGGUUCCUAUUGCGAAUUUGAUUUGUUUGGGAUUGAAACAUCGCAUUAUCAGCAUCAUGAAAAGAUUGAUAUGCCAAGUGAUGCACAAAGAAUUGAAAGGAUAAAAUGGCUUCUGGACGAUGGUCACCAGGACAGAGUGACAGUGGCCCACGACCUGCACACGAAACAUCGGCUGAUGAAAUAUGGAGGUCAUGGCUUCUCGCAUAUUCUUCAGACAAUUGUGCCAAUGAUGAAGACAAGAAAUGUGAGCCAAGAAGACAUUGAAAAAAUCCUUAUCCACAAUCCAAGAACUUGGUUGACAUUUAAAUAA